AUGUCUAUCACACGUCUCUUUUUACCCCCGCUCGACGGCAGCCUCUCUGUUUUGCCUGGCUUCCUUGACUUUCACGCCGAACACAACACAGACUAUCCAUUUUACACUUUCCCCGACCCUGAAUACUUGCCCGUCUCUUUCAAAGAGUUUGCCUAUGCCACACACCGUGUUGCACACGCGAUGCGUCCGAAUCGCGCUGGUCCCAACCGCGCAGUCGUCGCACUCAUCAUCCACUGUGACACACUUCUGUACGAAGCUGUGAUGGUGGGGCUUAUCCGCGCAGGACUCAUCCCAUUUCCCAUGUCGCCGCGGAACUCGGCUGCGGCGAUUGUCAAGAUGUUGCAAGGGACCGACUGCCAUCGCAUCGUGCAUCACGCGCCCUUCGUCUCUCUCACUGACGCAGUGCGCGCUGCUCUGCCGGAGUCAUAUCAUCUGCAGCUCGAUGUUCUUCCAAGCCUAUCGGAUGUCUUCCCCGCAUUCGCGUCGCCGUCCGCUGAACAUAUCUCUCCUCCCAAGCCUUACCUUGCCUUCAUGGAUACCCCCCAAACCAAGCCACACGACCCUGUACUCUAUCUUCAUUCCUCUGGAUCUACUGGCUUUCCAAAACCCAUUCCUCAGUCGCAGCUCUCCGUUCUCCAUUGGGCUGCAGCGCCUUGCAUGGUGGAGACGUGCGUGCGUGGGUUCCACUGGGCGUCUCCUGCCCUCCCGGCCUUCCAUACUAUGGGCAUCUGCAUGCAACUUUACUGCCCACUUUCGUCGGGCCAGCCUGUCGCGUUGUACAGUCCGCGUGGUCAUCUCAAUCUUCCCCCUCCUGUCCCUACCGCGCAAAACGUGCUGGAUGUCGUCCGGCGCACGUCCACGACUGCGAUUGCCCCCGUACCGUCUUUCGUCGAAGAAUGGGCGCAGAAUCCGGAAGAUGUGAAAGUGCUCGCGUCCCUCGAGGCAGUGUGCUUCGCUGGAGGCCCCCUUUCCUACCACAACGGCAGUAAGCUCACUGCCAUUGGCGUGAAGCUCUAUGCUGCGUACGGUGGCACGGAGUUCGGUCCCACCACUCGCAUCAUGGACACCAUCGAGGAUUCACCUAAUAAUCCUGACACCGCCAGAACUGGGAAGAUGCGUGAGGACUGGCCGUGGAUGGCAUUCCCGAGUGAAUACAACCUGCGUUGGGAGCCGCAGGGUGAUGGCAGCUACGAGUUGAUCUUCCUGACAUGUCCCACACACCAGCCCAGCGUGGAGAACCUGCCCAACGGAGAGAAAGGUUAUGCAACAGCCGACCUGUGGGAGCCGCACCCGACGAAGCCUGGUUUGUGGCGCAUUACUGGCCGUGCUGAUGACUUGAUGGUGCUGGGGAAUGGCGAGAAAUUCGUUCCGGUCCGUCAAGAAGGGCAUAUUGCUGCGCAUCCUAUGGUCAUGGGCGCUGUGAUGUUCGGCCGAGGACGCACACAGCCUGGUGUAAUCGUAGAGCCCCGGCCUGAGCAUGCCAUCCAGCCGGGUGACGAGGCUGCCUUGUCCAAGUUUAGGAACGCUAUCUGGUCACAAGUUGAAGAAGCUAACCAGCCGGCGCCUGCGUUCGCCAAAGUUUUCAAGGAGACUAUUCUCGUCACAGAUCCUGCGCGACCCUUCCCACGUGCUGCAAAGGGCACUGUCCAGCGCAAGCAGGCGUUGGCGCUUUAUGAAUCGGACAUAGAAGAAUUAUACAAGACCAUCGAAGACAGCUCGGAUUCUCAUGGCAUUACUCCACCGUCUAGCUGGACGAUUCCUGUUGUGCAAGCGUGGAUAGCAGAGCACGCUGGUCAGCUCAAUGACGGGAUUGUGCCUGCGGCUACGGCCGACCUGUUUGCGCACGGCUUCGACAGUCUUAGCUCUACGUUCCUGAGAAAUCGUAUUGUCGGAGCCCUACGCGCGUCCUUCGAUCCUGCAGCGAACGCGGCGGCUGUGCAUGUGCAUUCCAACUUUAUCUUCAGGCACCCAACGCUCGUUGAGCUCGCCGCCGCAGUUGUUACUCUCGUGCACCCCUCUCAUGAUGCCGCAUCGACAUCUAUCUCUGACGAACCCGCUGCAGACAUCGGGGCGAUGAUAGCGCAGUAUACCGCCCUCCUGCCGAAGUCUGCCCCUGCUGCCUCGAAGCGAGAUGGGGGCUCAGUCGUGCUCAUCACUGGGACGACGGGUGCUCUUGGCGCACACAUCAUUGCAUCGAUUCUUUCAGACUCGCGUCUGAAACGCGUAUAUGCGCUUAACCGUGGCACUCGCGUCGCGGAACGGCAGCAUACAGCGUUUGAGGCUGCACGUCUCCCGGUGAAAUUGCUCUCAGAUAGCAGACUCAAAUUUCUGGAAGGCGACAUGAUGCGAGAAGAUCUCGGGCUGCUGUCCGCAGUGCUUGGCGAGAUUCGUUCGUCUGUCACGGACAUCGUGCACAACGCUUGGCGAGUUGAUUUCAACCUGUCGCUGUCAUCAUUCGAGGCACACAUCGCUAGUGCCGUUCGUCUGAUAACUGUCGUGCCCGGUGCACGCUUCUUCUUCACGUCAUCCAUAUCCGUUGCGCAAGCUUGGCAUGUACUGAAGAGUGGCCCUGUUCCAGAGGAGCCCCUCGAAGAUCCGGCUGUGGGGGUAGGCAUGGGUUAUGGUAGUUCGAAAUUCGUUGUCGAAGAGGUCCUUGCGAAUGCUCGCAAGGUUGGCUUCAUGACAACCACCCUCAGAAUUGGCCAAAUAUGUGGGUCCGCGGAGAGUGGAUCAUGGAACACCUCAGAGUGGGUGCCGAGUCUCGUCAAGUCCAGCAUGUCCCUUGGUUGUCUACCCAGAUUGGAUGGAGUGGUGGCGUGGAUCCCCAUGGAUGCAGUGGCGAAAGCCACGGUGGACAUCGUGCUUGAUGUUGAAGCUCCCGUGCUCGUGAACCUUGUGCACCCUCGUCCAGUUCAGGCAUCCACCGUAUUUGAUAACCUCAACGAGGCGCUCGGGCUUAAGUUGCCCAUCGUGCCCUUCGUUGAAUGGGUGCAGAAACUGGAGGAGGCAGCUUCAAAUGCAUCGACGAAAGAGCUGGAGACUACGCCGGCAAUCAAGCUCCUCAACUUCUUCCAAAGUCUAACGGUGGCGGAGCAGAUAGCCAAGGUGGGCAAGCUGAACGAGGGUGGGGCUGAUGGCAUCCCUAUCUUUGAGACCACGAAGGCACAGAGCGCGAGCCCCACGAUGGCUCGGCUUCGGGAGUUGGGAAAAGUUGAGGUGCGCGCGUGGGUGAAGUUUUGGAGAGGCCAGAAGUUCCUUGCGUAA